AUGGCCUCCUUAAGCGAAGAAAAGCUCAUUUUUAAGUGGCAAAUCUUAUUUCAGAUCUCGGCCCAAGUCCACCGGAAUACUCUACGCGCCCUCGAGGACCCAAACACCAUUGUUGUGUUGUUAAUUGGUGAUAAAUAUGGGGAGGGAGGGCUACCGCUGGAGCUGCGCAAGGAGGAGUUUGACGCAAUACGGGAGGCCGUUUUCGAGCAUAAUCAAGACGUAAAAUACCUGGAGAAAUACUACCUCCUCGACCGCGCCAUCCAAGACAAAAACAACGAGCCCUGGGUGGAUAUCGACGAGGAAUCGCUGAAGAAAGUGCAGGGAUUGAAAAACGACCUGGCGGCUGAAGUCGAGUCGACCGCGUGUCUAUCGUUCACCCUACCCACCGAGGGCGGCGAGGUCAAGAACUUCUAUGCGGGGCGCGAGGCGGAGAAGUAUAGAGACAAUUUUUCACGGCAGCUCCUCGAGCGCUUGAAACAAAGCAUCACCCGAUUCGCCCCAGCCCGUCUCCCCUCGUCCUCCUUGGUGUCGAUCGCCCUCCGCGAGAAUGCCUCUCAUGAGCGUCUGCUGCGUGAACGUCUCCAACAAGAGUGGCAAUCACGCAAAAGCGUCGACGCUAAACUCGACGAAUGCGUCAGAGAGGGUACCGGCGGCGCGUAUCUCGUACAAGGGCCAGAGUUGAGCCUGACUUCUGCCACCUCUUUCGCUCACGAACUCUGGCGUCUGGUGCUGAUCUUGGUGUGCCAUAUGUCCGGCCAAGACCCGAAGCCCUGCUUCUCCCAUUUCCGCCUUGGCGACAUCGUCACUAAACUCCACGAGGUGAUCGAACGACUCGACCGGCCCGUCUACCUAUUCCUUGACGAUGUGCAUCUACUGAAAUUCGGGCGCCUGCUCUCUGGGUUGGAACGGAGGCCUAAGAAUGCCCCAAACAACCUCUAUCUCUUCAUGACCGCGUCGAACGUCUCCAACUUGACGCCGGUGUUUCUAACGGCGCAGACGAUAAAUUUGGAUCCGCCGACAGAGGGUGAAAUCGCCGACAUUGUGAAACGACGACUUGCAAAACGUGGAAGAAAACUCUCCACGGAGCAGAUCGGAUCCAUCAAACCCUACCUGACGGGCGGUGAGAAGAACCCGGUGGUGGGGCUCAUGCUCGUCGAGGAGAUUUUAUUGAGAGGCAACGGGGUGAUGAAGGGCGGAAUCGAGGGUCGAAUCGAGCGAAUCGAAGGUGAACACGGCGCGGCGCCGGUCGCCUGCCUCUGUCGAUACCUGGGCGCAUCCCCUUCUGGGCUGACCCGCUUGGAGUUGUCGGACGUCCUCUCGGCCAACCGCGCCCUCCUCCAAACGAUCGGCUCCCCGGUGGCCUUUCCCCCAUUUCUACUCGACAGCAUCCUCGAGUCUUUAGGUGGCUUGUUGCAUACUGUAUAUGCCGACGGGCGUCUCUUGUACCGCUACAGCCAUACGAGCAUCGCGAAUGUUGUGCGAAAUCGAUACCUCUCAACCCCAGCCGACGUAAAAUCGGCAAACGGUGAUCUGGCCGACGUGUUUGCCGAUCUGCUCACAGAGCUGGACGGGAUCAGCCCGCGGGCUGCCCUCCAGUACCAAGUCUUUCCCCAAUUGCUCAAACGCGACAACGGGUCUAUUAAUGUGCGCAAGGUGCGCAAUUUGUGGCUCCAUCUGCUGCAUUCUGGAGGCAGCAUGGACGCGCUGAAAGAGUUCGCCCUGUGCCAAUUCGACUACCUCGACGCUACGGUACGCUCCUGUGGACUGGCCCAUUUGCUGUCGAUGUACGAGGCCUGCAUACUACAGGUGUUACACCACGAUAUUCAGGUGCUGUGCGAGCAAGUGCUGCUGCCCGCCUUGGAGACGGUGGUACGGGAUAACGAACAAUUGGCGGCAGAGGUGAUUGGACGAUUACGGUAUACCAGAGCCGAAAACUCUCACUUCCUGAAUACGAUGGUGGAGCAGGCGAUGGCGUGGGUGGAUACCUAUUCAAAGCAGCCACUCCUCGUCCCGCUGACCUGCUGGAUACCACCACCACAGAUGAAACAAGUGCUCUCGUUUAAGCUGAAGGAAUGGAAAUCAGCCGUGACGAUCGUCACCCCAACCGAAAACCACCAGCACCUCUUAAUUACGGGAAAUUUGGCUCAACCGGGCGUCGUCUGCAUGUAUCAUAUCGCUUCUCAAGAAUUGGCCACCACAUUUAAAGGCCAUACCGCUACCGUAACCUCCUUAACAACGAGUCGAGACGGCACAUUUUUCGUCAGUACCUCCCACGAUAAAACCGUCCGGCAGUGGGGCUUUCAGUCGAGUGAUGCGAUACGGGUGUUGAAGCAUCACACCGGAAAAGUGAUGUGCUCGAUACUGAGCAGCGACGAUAAGCUGCUGAUCACCGGGUCGGCUGAUAGCUCGGCAAAGGUGAUAUCCGUCGAGACCGGGGAAGUGGUGCGCAGUUUCGGAGAUCAUACGGGAAGUGUCGUUUCGCUGCAGUUGACCAGCAACGAUCAGCUACUUAUUACGGGUUCGGGCGACUUUGUCGUCCAAGUAUGGGAUAUGCACUCCGGGCGGUUGGUGAACCGGAUGGGCGGGCUGAUGGCGCCGGUGACUUGUGUCGCAAUCACUAGCAACGACGCCUUCGUGGCGGUGGCCUGUGAGGAUGAGACACUCCGAAUAUUCGGGACUGUCAGUUGCCAAGAAUUACACGAAUUGAGCGGCCAUGAGAGCAAGGUGAACGCGCUGGCAUGCGCGAAUGAUGACUGUCAACUGUAUGCGGCCACCAAGUCCAAGAUUUAUUGCUAUGAUCUGCAUACGGGGGUCAUCGUGGAUGUGCUGGAUUGUGAGGAGAAGUCGCCAGUCACGUCACUGAAGAUCACCUCCGACAACUAUUUCCUUGUAUCCGGAUGCGGGGUGGCCGUAUCGGUGUGGAAUGUGAGGGAAAGGAUCCAUGAUGGGGUCGACUCGAGGCAGGCUGAUAAAGAGGGAUACGUGACUGCCAUUGCGAUGAGCAGCGAUGAAAAGAUCUCGGCCUGCGGCACCUACAAUGGCAUUGUGGCGUUGUGGGAUAUGGAUAUUUGCCAGUGCAUUACUACGGAGGGCAACAUCGUGGUGCUCGACUCGAGCCACGGGAUGGUGCUGCGUACAUGCUACUACCAUACGACGGAGGUUGUGACGAUGUGUUGCUUAGAGAGUGGGAGGACUGUCAGCUGCGAUAAGGCCGGAAAUUUGAAGGUGUGGGACGUAUUCGGCGAGGAAGGCGAAAGCGAAGAACUGUCCACGACCGGCAUCAUCCCACCCAUCUACGUGCCCCCAUCCGGGAAAUUGAUGCUGGGCAGCGUGCCGAGCACGAAGAAAGAGAUGAAAAUCUGGAGCUUUGGCGAGAAUUCGGUGACGUUGAAGAAUCGGUUGUCGCAUAAUGAAGAGGUUACAUGCUUCUGUGCGGCGCCGAUGGGGACGUUGGUCGUCACCGGGAGCACCGAUCAAUCCCUGAAAUUGUGGCAGAUUGACUGCGGGUUCUUGACACAGGUUCUCGUUGGUCAUGAAGACGUUGUGACGUGUUGUGCGAUAUCGGACGAUGAGCACGUUGUCGUUUCGGGUGCUCGCGACCAUAAGGUGAUCUUUUGGUCAGUGAUUACGGGUGAUGCGAUGCGCACAGUGCUGACGUGUAGCCCAGUCACUGCAGUGGCCGUCACCGCCGAUGCGUCGGUCGCUUUUUCGGCUGAUGAAGCCGGCUGGAUCGAGGCUUGGUUCGUCGACAAGGGGACGCUGUUGUCGUCGUUUGAUGCACAUCGGCCAAUCAAAAGCCUGAUCCGCUCGUUCGACGCGAAUCGCCUGAUCGCCCACCUGGCCAACUGUGCCCAGCUGCCAAUUCUCUGCCUUCACAACACCCCCGCCGGACCUCAUCUGGCCAAGGAACGGCGGAGGAGCGCCCGCGCACACUCCAUCAGCAGUGUCGGGAGCAAUAUGAGCGAGUCGAAGAAGGACUCGAUGGCCAACAUUCCCAUACCGACAUCUGGCAAUGGGGCAACCACACCAAAACCCGUACCCCCAAGGCCCACCUUUGAUAAGAUGGAAAGGUCGAAAUCGCGGAGUUCGUUGAUAGAAAAAGACCGGAACACCACGCUAACCACUCAGGUGGCCGUCCCCGCCCAAAAAUCGAGCACCUGUGUUCUGUUG